AUGGCCACGUCUAUACUUGGGGAAGAGCCGCGCUUCGGAACGACCCCGUUGGCCAUGCUGGCGGCGACCUGUAACAAGAUCGGCAACACGAGCCCGCUGACGACGCUGCCGGAGUCGAGCGCCUUCGCCAAGGGCGGCUUCCAUCCCUGGAAGCGCUCCUCGUCCAGCUGCAACCUCGGGUCCAGCCUCUCGGGCUUCGCAGUGGCCACAGGCGGCCGCGGCUCGGGCGGCCUGGCGGGAGGCUCGGGCGCAGGCAACAGCGCCUUCUGCUUGGCCUCCACGUCCCCUACGUCGUCCGCUUUCAGCAGCGACUACGGCGGCCUCUUCUCCAACUCGGCGGCGGCCGCGGCGGCAGCGGCCGGCGUGUCCCCACAGGAGGCGGGCGGCCAAUCGGCCUUCAUCUCCAAGGUGCACACGACGGCGGCCGACGGCCUGUACCCGCGCGUGGGCAUGGCGCACCCUUACGAGUCGUGGUACAAGUCAGGCUUCCACUCGACGCUGGCGGCGGGCGAGGUGACCAACGGCGCUGCGUCGUCGUGGUGGGACGUGCACAGCAGCCCGGGCUCGUGGCUGGAGGUGCAGAACCCCGCUGGGGGGCUCCAAAGCUCGCUGCACUCGGGCGCCCCCCAAGCCUCGCUGCACUCGCAGCUCGGCACCUACAACCCCGACUUCAGCUCGCUCACGCACUCGGCCUUCAGCUCCACGGGCCUCGGCUCCUCGGCCGCCGCCGCUUCGCACUUGCUCUCCACCAGCCAGCACCUGCUGGCCCAGGACGGCUUCAAGCCGGUGCUGCCCUCCUACUCGGACUCCAGCGCCGCGGUGGCGGCCGCCGCAGCCAGCGCCAUGAUCUCGGGCGCCGCGGCCGCCGCCGCCGGGGGGAGCUCGGCGCGCUCGGCCCGCCGCUACUCCGGCCGCGCCACCUGCGACUGCCCCAACUGCCAGGAGGCCGAGCGGCUGGGCCCGGCCGGGGCGAGCCUGCGGCGCAAGGGCCUGCACAGCUGCCACAUCCCGGGCUGCGGCAAGGUGUACGGCAAGACGUCGCACCUGAAGGCGCACCUGCGCUGGCACACGGGCGAGCGGCCCUUCGUGUGCAACUGGCUCUUCUGCGGCAAGCGCUUCACGCGCUCGGACGAGCUGCAGCGGCACCUGCGGACUCACACGGGCGAGAAGCGCUUCGCCUGUCCAGUGUGCAACAAGCGCUUCAUGCGCAGCGACCACCUGAGCAAACACAUUAAGACGCACAACGGGGGCGGCGGGGGCAAAAAGGGCAGCGACAGUGACACGGACGCCAGCAACCUGGAGACGCCCCGCUCCGAGUCCCCUGACCUCAUCUUGCACGACUCCGGCGUCAGUGCGGCCCGGGCGGCUGCGGCUGCGGCGGCUGCGGCUGCGGUGGCAGCCUCGGCGGGAGGCAAGGAAGCCGCGUCUGGCCCCAACGACUCUUAG